AAACCAUCCACCCCAACCGGCCUCGAAGAUCUACCCUACCCACUUUGAAGUGCGAUAGUAAGCAGCAGAAUGGGGCAAAGCGCAAGCUCUCACUCAGGGUCUGCCACUUCGCCGACCGCCGCGCUCAAGUGGGCCUCAGAAGCCGAACGUGAAGUUUUACUAUCUCUGCUGCGAAAUGCUUCAGCCUCCGCCGCGAACGAGGGAAGUCCUCAAGCACCGAGUGCAUCAGUAUCUUCAGCUAUAUCCCAAAGCAUCCCGGAGCGCUUACGGAAAGCAGUCGCCGAGUUCGCUGUUGCACGGUCUGGCACGGCUACGAAAGGGAUCGUCACCAUGACCGGGUUGGCGACUGCUGCCAGGAUUUUGUUAUUGGGGGAUGCCUCGGAGAAGCAAACUUUCGUCAACACCUAUGCAGAAGUGAACCCAGGUGUCACCACCAAGGGAUUGGUGGAAGACAUUGCGGCUGGAGUGGGGCUCUUUGCGAAGGAUGGAAAAGCCGGGGCCGACGGGAAGGUGUAUUCUCCGACCGAACGAUUCGUCACCUACCUACUGGGAAGUCUCGCCCCAAAAUCCGAUAAGUCCGCCGCCGACGCUAUAUUCUCAUCUGAAGACACCCCGACGAGAAACGCGGAAAUCCCGCCGCUUUCAUCCUUCCAACAAUGGUUCCCACAAUCAUCGCUGCUCCAGGAACUAUGGACGAACCUUUUCCAAUUCGCCUUCCUCGGAACCCUCCCCACCACCCUCCCAGCGCUCACAUCAACCCUCCUAACAAUCGAAGACCGCUUCAUCCUCUGCACCUCCCUAGCCUCCGAGUUCAAAGGCGCCAAAUCAUGGCCGUGUCUCUUCUCCACCCAAACAGACGGCGCAAGCUGGACCGUGUUCGCAGGAAAAGUGCAGGAACAGGGGUCGGUCUUGUUCGUAAUUAGGGAUAAAGACCAGAAUGUGUUUGGAGCGUUUGCGGCUGAGGAGCUUGUGCCGCGGCCCAAGUUUGUGGGCGACUCGCGGACUUUUGUGUUUACGUUGCGCCCGCAGAUUGGGGUGUUUUCGCCGGCGGGGUAUAAUGCGAAUUAUCAGUACUACAAUACGGGAGCGGCGACUUUCCCGAAUGGGAUCGGGUUUGGAGGGCAGCUGGACUAUUUCGGCCUCUACAUCUCCUCAACUUUCGAAAACGGACAUUCGAAAGCAUCCCCACGAUCCUCCACCUUCGACAGCCCUCGGCUCAGCGCCAAAGAGGAGUUCCAAAUAGAUUUCGUCGAAGCAUUCCUAGUGAAACCCAAAGAAGUCGACGACCGCCUGAUAGAUCCGAAACUUGCCAAGAAAUCGAUCCUCAACGAUGAUGUGGCAUCCUCGCUACUUGAAAUGUCGGGCAAGAGGAUGUAUUCGAAGGAGGUGCAGCAGGAUCGGGUGGAGGAGGAUGAAGAGACAUGAGGGCGAUGGCGACAGAGGGCGAGGGUUGAGCUAUUUGUGUUUGUUUGUUCGGCAAUGCCGACGACAGGCGAUGAAGGCGUUUCUCCCUCUGCUCCGUAUUCGAUGUCAACGACAAAGGGGCAGAACCAUUCCCCUUGUGUCCCGUGCAUUGCAAAGAGAAAUGGUAGCUAGCUCCUUGAAGCGAUCCGUGCAGACGUCCUCGGCGACGCCUGCAAACCCAUUGCCGAGUACGCGAACGUGGGUGCCACCAGUUCAAUACUUGUACAUAGGGCUUCCCCCUGCCUAGCUCAAUGCCCAUUUUGUGUACAUAGUUACCUCCGUACAACCCCCCGUGCAAAGGCACCAAGCUUCCCUUCAAAAUAGCGCCAUUAAUGAUAGAUAGAUACAUGCAAAGUGAAAUGGCAAGUGGUACGCAAAAACGUCAACGA